AUUCGCGAAAAUCCUUUUACUUCAUUUUCGCAGCUCCCUUAUGGCGAAACAUUUUUCAAGAACGCAACCGGCAGAUGCUCAAAUGGAUUGCUAAUGAUCGACUAUAUUGCUCUCUCAGCGGGCAUUCCUCUACUUGGACCUUAUUUGAACAAGAAUGUUUCAUUCACUCACGAUUACGGAGUAAAUUUCGCAGUUGCUGGAUCCACUGCUUUACCUGUCGAAACUCUCGCAGCUCAAAACGUAUUUUCUCCAGUUACAAAUAGUUCUUUAACCAGACAACUUAACUGGAUGUCAACUCAUUUCAACGAAACAUGUUACAAUACAGAAGAUUGUAUGAAUCGGCUUCACAAUUCUCUGUUUAUGGUCGGUGAAAUUGGUGGGAAUGAUUACAACUAUGCAUUAUUUCAAGGUAAAACCACAGAUGAAGUGAAGAAGAUGGUUCCUCAAGUUGUACAAGCCAUAAAAGAUGCAGCUAAGAGAGUAAUAGGUUAUGGUGCUACUCAAAUUGUUGUUCCUGGAAAUUUUCCGAUAGGCUGCUUACCGAUCUAUCUCACAGGAUUUCAAACAAAUGAAACAUCUGCUUACGAUAACUUCCAUUGUCUAAAAGAUCUGAAUAACCUUUCGACGUACCAUAACGAACAACUCCAACGAGCCAUUGAAGAGUUAAAGAAAGAAAACUCGAACACUACCAUAAUCUACGGAGAUUAUUACAAUGCAUACAUGUGGGUUUUGGGUCAUGCUUCAUCUUUGGGAUUUGACAUAAAAUCUAUACAAAAAGCUUGUUGUGGUACCGGAGGUGAUUAUAAUUUCAAUCUCACCAAAAUGUGUGGAGCUUCUGGAGUACCAGUUUGUUCUAAUCCUUAUGCAUAUCUUAGUUGGGAUGGAGUUCACUCGACGCAGAAAACAUACCUUCAUAUGGCACGCUGGCUUAUUCGAGAUAUUUACUCGAAGUUAAAAUGUAAAGCUUGA